UUGCGUGGCUGCUGCCGCUGAAGGGCUUCUGAACGCGAGUGGGCUUUCUCCCGCUUUCCACUCUGCGCGGGACGCCCGACAAACCUUGCCGAAAGCCUGCUGUUAGAAUUUGCUAUGACGUGAUGUUGCGUGCAGCUGCACCACAAGCAGAACAAGCAGGUGCGCGCCGCGGUGACAGCAGCACAGUCGCUAGCAGCGGGCGGACGCCAACAGCCAGGACGGCAACAACAAGGGCGCAACUGCCGGGCGCAACAGGACCGCCGCCACGGCGGCCUAUGCGCUGCCGGCGGCGGCAGAGGGCCUUGCUGGGUGGGGCUGUCAGCCGCGGCAGUAGCAGCGGCUUCCGUGGCGCCGUGGCUUUGGCGUGUGCGGUACUGGUGCUGGCAUGGUGUGGAAGAGGCUCCAUCGCCCAGCCGCACGGGCGAGAGGACUGGAGCAGCAGCAGGGGGGGUGCCACCGGCGUCAGCAGUGCAGUCGUCUGGGCCCCAGUAGUGCUUGACGGAAACAUUGCGCCAGCGGCGGAGCUGGGUGUGGGCGGUAAUGCCGACGCCACCGCCGCUGGCAGGGCGCUGCUGGCUGCGGCCGAUGUGCUGGCGGGUCGCGCUGGCGGCAAUGGCGGUGGCGGUGGCGGUGGGCUCGGCAGUGGGCCGCUGGGGUCCCGGCUUCAGGGCGCACUGGCGAAUCAGGUCAAGGAGACAACAAGCAACGUCGAAAACAAGGUUGCUGCCAUGGUGGCGGACAGAGUGGCGCAGCAGGUUAUCUCCGACAUGAACAACGUCACGACCGGCGCGUUGUCGGCUGUGGGUCUGGGCAGCAAGGAGCAGCUGGGGCAGUACCUGGGCUCCUGGCUGGGCUGGGGCCUGUCCGCCGUCACGGCACUGGCCUCACAGCCGCAAGUGGCCACGGCCGCUGGCGCCGAGGGCGCGACAUCACAAAGCACCAGCGGAGACACCGCGGCCUCCGCCGGGCAGAGCGGGGCGUCACAGAGCCCGCUGGCAGAUGGCACCGCGGCUGCGGUGGAGGCUCAGCAGAUGCAGCAGCUGGAGGAGCAGGGCGGGCAGGACCUCAGCGUGGAGCAGCUGCAGCAGCUGCUGGCGGUGCUGCAGGCCGCAGCGGCGGCGGAUGCAGGCAACAGCAGUAGCAACUCCAUGGACCAGCAGCAGCUGGCGGAAGUGUUUGGCCCGGUGGUCAUUACCCGCGAUGGCGGCGGCGACAGCUCGAACUCAGCGGGCUCGGGGCCGUCAGAUGCAGCCAAGGCGGCGGCGGUGGCGGCGGCGCUUGAGCAGCUCAUCCAGACGAAGCAGCAGGCCGCUGCCGCAGCCGCCGCAGCGGCGGGCGCUGAGACUGCCGACAGCCCCAGCACCAGCACCGCUGCUGCUGCCGCUAGUGGGACAGCCAGUGGCGGUGGGAGCAGCAGCCGCCGCAGUGACGGCGGCCAGGCGGGCGCGGGUGGGGGCGCUGGCGGUGGCGUAGCCAGCAGGACCACGCUGCCAAUGGCACCUCUGCCGGGGAAAGCCGCCGGCCCGAACCUGUCGGUUGGGCGCGAUGUCAAUGUCAACAUCAACGUUAACGUGGUGCCUGUAACUCAGCCCGUCCAGGGCGGCGGCGGCGGAGGCAGCGGCUGCAACUGCAACUGCGGCGGCAGCCCAACCGGCGGCGCCGGCGGCCUUCCGGACGUCAUCAACCAGCUGCUUGGUGGCCUCAUCAAUGCCGUCGGCAGCAGCGGCGCCAUCAGUGGCAGCGGCGGCGGCAUGUUGCAGUCGGCGCCAGCUGAAGUCGGCAGCGGGGCCGGCAGCGACGGCGCCGGCGGCGUCCUAGCGGCUGGCGGCAGAGACGGUAAUGGUGACGGCGGCAUGCUGGGGGGCCGGCUGUCGUGGCGGCUACGCCAACCGCGCCUGGGCGUGGCUGCAGCUUCGGCAGUAGCAGACGCCGCCGCGAGCGGCGAUGUGAGGCCGGUGCGGGCGGCAGUAGCGGCGGGGCUGGAGCAGUUUGCGGCAUCAUCGCCAGCGGCCACAGCGGCUGCAGCAGUUCCUGAUUCGCGAGUAGCGGGGCCCUUCCGCGCAGCUGUGAGGGCCGCCGGCGCAGCUGCGAUGGGGCCUGCUGCGGCGGUGGUGGAUGGCAGCGGUGGAGGUGGAGGCGGAAGACGGCGGCAGCUGCGGCAGCAAGCGCCUGGGACAACAAGCCCGCAGGUCCCUGCUCCCGCCAGCACGGCUGCUACCACUGCCGAGCCGCAGGCCGCCUCACAGCAGCAACCGCAAGAACAGCAGCAGCAGCAGCAGCAGCCGCAGCCGUCAUCAGCAGGUGCCGUUGUGGUCCCAUCAAAUGUGCCGCUGAGCGAUGUGUUGCAGCUGGUGUUGGCACAGCUCCAGAACCCAUCGGACUUUGCGCUGAAGCUAGGCGUGAACACGGGCGGGGGCGACCAGGGCCCAACAGUAGCAGCAGCAGGAGCAGGGGGCGGCAUGGCGGGGCUGCCGCCGCCGCCACCGCCAGGGGGACUUGUGACUGCAUUCGGCGGUCCUGCUGACAGCAGCAGCUACGGUGGUGACGGUGCACCAGCGUCCAACCAUAACUCCAAUCCCAUCAGCAUCCCCGCACUGCUGGGCCAGUCGUCGGUGCCGGCUGUGCCGCAGAGCAUGGGGUCCCGUUUCAUGGUCUGCCCGCCCUGCCGCUGCGGCGGAAACUAGAGGGCCGAGACGGAAUGUACCAACCGUGGGCUUGGUAUAGAGCCUGUGUGUGUGUGUGUGUGUGUGUGUGUGUGUGUGUGUGUGUGUGUGUGUGAGAGAGAGAGAGAGAGAGAGAGAGAGAGAGAGAGAGAGAGAGAGAGAGUGAGAGGUUUCUAGGCUUGUCGAGGUCUCUGGGCUGGCGUUCGUGUGAUUACAGAACUGGCAGA